AGUGCUGCAGUUCCAGCACACCUACACUACACACACAUAUAAACAUAUGGCCGGAUGUAACACUUUCAGUGCAACUAAGAUCGUGGAUGAGAUUCCUGAGGGUGCAACUGCCGGAAAAAACGACUGGGAACCAGAAAAUCAACCAGAAACAUCCCAUAGUGAGAGUCUGCUCCGUACUGAAACAUGGAAACCGUGCCGAUGGCCCCGCGCUGCUGUCAAAGACUGGCUGUUGAAGCUGCGAUCUUGUUUGGGAACGGUUUGUGGAAUGGAGUGGUAUGGCUACGCUGCUCUAGGCAUUUUCACUGCCAUCCUCAGCUUUCUGAUGGACCUCAGUGUGACAAAGCUGCUGAGAGCUCACCAGUGGCUUUAUAUGAAGCUUGAAGGCAACAGUCUUUUGCAGUUCUUCUGCUGGACUCUUUACCCAGCAUGCCUCUGUGCCGUUGCAUCGUCAUUCUCCCACAACAUCUGUCCCUUCUCCACAGGCUCGGGGAUACCAGAGGUUAGAACCAUGCUGGCCGGCAUUGAAAUGCCUCAUUACUUGUCGCUCACUAAUAUGUUUACCAAGUUCCUGGGCCUUAUCUGUACACUGGCAGCCGGCAGCACUGUUUUCCUGGGCAAAGUGGGUCCAUUUGUGCAUCUUUCCACCAUGGUUGGAGCCUACCUGAACAACCUCUGCACUCUUAUACAAGCCAAUAAGAAGGAAAAAUCUGGUGGAGAAAUGCUGGUUGUAGCAGCUGCGGUCGGUGUGGCCAGCUGCUUCGGAGCACCAAUCAGCGGUGUGUUGUUCAGUGUGGAAGUGAUGUGUUCUCACUUCGCCCUGAGGCAUUACUGCCCAUGCUUCUUCUCAGCCAUCUGUGGAGCGUUGACCUUUCGCAUGUUCUCAGUGUGGAGUGGAGAUGAAGAGACUCCUCGGGCAUUGUUUAAAACUCAUUUCUCCACUGCUUUACCUUUCUACCCAAUGGAGAUUCUACUGUUUGCUUUCCUGGGGCUGCUGUGUGGAGCUGUGAGCUGCUGCUACCUUUUCUGCCAUCGCUGGAUCCUGCAAUUCACCAAAACAAACGCGAUCCUCAUCAAAAUGCUGACGACAGAGAAGGGUCUAUACUCGGGCAUAGUGGCCUUCUCCCUGGCAUCUCUGACAUUCCCACACUCUGCUGGUCAAUACAUGGCUUCUAAGCACACCAUGAAGCAGCUCCUGACCUCUCUACUGGAUGGCAGGCAGUGGAGCUCUCAAUCCAACAAUGUCUCUGUUCAACUGGGGCCCGAGCCUUUGAUAGAGUGGAGCUCAUCAGGCAGUCCUUUCUACCUUUCUCUGACUGUCUUUCUGCUCAUGAAGAUGUGGAUGUUGGUCCUCGCCUGCACGAUGCCUCUGCCAGCUGGUUACUUCAUGCCAGUGUUUGUCUAUGGGGCAGCUCUGGGCCGCUUGCUUGGAGAAGGGGUGGCUUAUGUGUCUUCCACUGGACUGAUUUCAAGCCUGUGGGCUUCUAUAAAUCCUGGGGGCUACGCACUUGCUGGUGCAGCAGCCUUCUCUGGGGCAGUCACACACACCUUAUCUCCAGCUCUCCUGGCUUUGGAGCUAACAGGUCAGUUCAGCCAUGCUCUACCCAUCCUCCUCUCCACUCUGCUGGCCAACGGCCUGGCUCGCUUUAGGAACCGCCCGUCUUUCUAUGACGCGCUCUCUAUCAGCAAGAGGCUCCCACACCUGCCCUCCCUGAUGAAAGCAAGCCCUCGGCUUCCCUCCACACCAGUUGGACAGGUUGUGGCAGCGAAAUCAGUGCAGCUUCAGAAAGCAGCUGGGCCAGUGGAGGUUCAGUAUGCUGUCAACACCAGCACUGACACAUGUAUCCCUGUGGUGGACUCACAUGAGUCGCAGAUUAUACUGGGCUUUGUUCUCCGAUCUGAGCUGCUGAUGUUCCUGCGUCACUGUCAGACUGAGCGCCUGGAGAAACAUCUGGAUCAAAUCUGCCAUAUUUACCCAAACCCUGUCUCGUUAUCACCUCACAACACCAUUCAGGAGGCCUACAGUAUCCUGAGUCUGGUUGGAGCUCAGACCUUGUUUGUCGCAGACAGGGGAAGGCUGGUUGGAGUCAUCACAUGGCGAGAGAUGAAGAGAAUAUUAGAAGAUUUGGCCAAAGAAAUCUGAGUAGCAACAGAAAACAAGCUCAUCCCUUGACCUUUUUUUUAAGCAAGCAUGAAUCCAUCUCUGUCUAAUUAGCUGCAACACAAGCAAGGGUCUGAUAAUGAUGUCCCUUCUUCAUUACCCAGGCGUGACAAUGUUUCCACACAAACAAAACUGUCCAAUUAUAAACAUUUAUCACAACUUAUUGUCUUGCCUUUUGCUGUUAUUAGCAGGAUAUCGUACACUGAGGAAAUAGCACUCUGUCUCAUUCACUGACUUUGUGACACAGCAGUAUUAAAUCUGUGUCAACCAAAAAUAAUAUCUGGGAUUGAAAACAAAAAAGCCUGUAAAACAGUUCGUACACCAAUUAACACACUGUCUUUAGAGUAAAAUAGACUAUUAAGCAGAUAAGGGCAGAUAAGGUGUGUUUUUAUCUUUGUACUUUUUCAACCUGUGUUUCCACUUCAUCAGAGUUAACUGGUACAUUUUGGUCACCCCAAAAUGUCUUCUUCAGUUCUUGCUCUUGGACUAAAAAACACUCUAAGAUGUUAGCUGUUCAUAUAGAAGAAAGAUCAGGGCCGGCUCUAGCCCAUUUGGUGCCCUAGGCGAGAUCCAUUCGUGUUGAACAGCUUCGCUUGCUGUUUUUAACGGAGGGGGGAACCUCCGUUUUUGUUUGCCCAUGGUGUCAACCAGGCUAUAUAAUACAACUGUCAAAUCGACAAAUUAAACGUCUUCAUACAAAAUAUUUAAAAAAAGAUUGGGACUUCUCCUCCUCCUCUUUUGUCUUUUGAUACUGCGCACUGGAGAGCUUUGACGGCUGUUUCAUCUUGCAAGAUAUAUAUCAAAACAUAACCUGUCUGUCACAUGACCUGACCUCUGUGACAGCGAUAUGACCAUCUAAAGGGGGGGCAGCCAAUGACCCGUCACACACGUCAUGACUGUGACAAUUUACAAAAAAUUUACAAAUUUACAAAUUACAAAAUGUCAUUGUUUAUCUGUUUCUUUAUUUUGUU